AUGCCAAAAGGUCUUUUUACUUUCAUUCGUCUUUUUGUGCUCUUACUCAGUUUCUCCACUAUUUGCCUGGCAGUACUUUGCAUGUCCACGAAUUCCUCCAUGUGCAGCUGUGGGAACAACAAGCUGGUGUUUUACUGCCUGUUAGCUUUGGGGCUCUGUCUCCUUGUUACUGGCAUUUUCUGGAGCACUUUCCAUGAAGUCCUGAAAUACAGGGCCCUUGGCAUCUCCAUUCGAAGUCCCAGCUGCAGAGAACCACACGUCUGCACCAUAGACAGGCCUGACUUCUAUCCUCCCUCUUAUGAAGACAGCAUAGAUCCUGAAAAACUGGUCUCCUCGCUGCCAGAUGCCUCCACACUAAAACAGCAAAAAUUCAUCGAUAUUCCUCCUCCUCCAUAUAGUGAGAGCAGUGCAGAGUUUGUCAGUGAAACAAAUGAGCAGGAACAGCCACCACCAUACACAUUAUCUGUGGAGCAGCAGCAAACAGCUGAGCAAGACCCAAACCUCAGAGGGGAGUUAAAUUCUCAUAUAUCCAUGCCAGAAAUCGGUUGCCAACAGGAUACAGACUUCCAGAGGACCUCAGGAAGAGUCACACCUGUCAAAACAGGAGAGACAGGCAGCCAGUAAAAUCCUGCAUCUGUGAAGCAGGGAAAACGGGAAGAGGACUUGUGUCAGUGAUCCCUGACAGAAACACUGCUUAGGGUGAAAUUGCACAGGAAAAACACUGAUCAUUUGUGACCUAGAGAGGAGUUGGAGGGGAUAUGUAAAAGUGCUCAGUAUUUCAAAUUAGAAUAAAUCUCCAUAGAGAUAGAAAUGUUCAGGCUGUGUCUAGUAGAAGUCACCGUAUCUGGCAACAGGAGUUUCUUAAGCUACAAGAUAAAUGGAGCAUCAUGCUCUUAUCAGUCUUGACUUGUGCUUCAUAAGGGGUUUCAGAAGAAAGCCGUCUUUUUUUUUUUUGUUUUGAGACAUUAACUGACUUGGGAAACCUAUUAAGUCAGCUUUUGUUUGAAAUUUGCAGAUUAAUUGUUGCAACUGAUUAUUUUUGUAUUGUAUACCUUUCAAGCUGUUUUAUGUGGGGGUAAAAAUGACUGCUAUUUUACUAGUGAA